UAGCAUCACCAAGGCAUGAGGAUAUAAUUCAUUUAUUCAUCAAUCUCAUUCUCAUACUUUACAAACUCUUAUAACCAAUUACAGUUUCACCUAUCAAUGCUAUGAAGUAGAUACAUGAAUAUGUUAGACAUAUAUGUAAGCAUACAAUCAUCAUUAUUUUUUUCCACUCCCUAAUGUCUCCUACACUAUACACGCAUAAUCUCCACUUCUCCACUCCACCAACUAUCUCCACCACCUUUUGCUUUCUUCCACUACAUUUUUUUCUCACCACCCUUUCCACUCCACUAAUUCCACUACACCAAACUUUCCACCUACUCCCUUCCCCACCACACGCAAGAAUGCAUCUAACAUUCCAUUAUACAGGCAACAAUCUUUUCAUCAUCUUCAUUCUUCACUAAGGAACCGAAGAGCAGCCACGAGUUCUGCCAUAAGCACACUGCUCCGGCAGUGUUUUGCAAGGCGAUUCCAGCCAUCCAAAAGGUCCGGGCGACAGAAAGUGAAGCCGAAGAAGAAACGACUCCACGCCAGCUUUAAGAACAAUUGAGGUUGAGCUGUGAUGGGCGAUGAAGUGUUGUUGCUGAGUAGAGUUUUUGUCGAACUUAAAGUAGGCUCAGAAAGGAUACAUGUCUUCAUACAUGUAUCUCAGUUAUGCAUUCCGCUGUAAACACUGAUUAUUUCAGUUACACCUUCCGUUGCAAACUCUGAUAAUGUUUUAGCCAAGCCCCUAACGAUGCCUUUUUCCUUUUUAAGGAAUAUAACGCGUAUACAAGUUCUUUGAGUACCCUUUUUAUGCGAACUAUGCCUUUUUCCUUUUUAAGGAAUAUUUCACGCGUAUUCAAGCUCUUUGAGUAUUCUUUUAUGCACCCCUUUCUAAACCCGCUUCUUAAUUUCCCUUCCCCAGUCAUGGUUUUCCCGGAUUAAUUAUCCUUAAUUAAGGCCGGUCGUGACAGAGUGGUAUCAGAGCAGAUCGUUUGCUCUGAGCCUAAGAGUUUAUUUAAGCCAAACUUAGAAUGGAUCACUAAAGUGUCUAGAGUUCAAUCGACAAAGCUCAGCACUUCAUCGUAUCACACUCAACGAAGCAGAAUGAAUGCCGCCUAAGAGAGGACGCCCUGCGAAAAACAAUAACAAUCGCAGAAACCGUAACGCUGUACCCGAAGAACCACAAGAUGCUCGAGGACAUAACCCAUCCUCUCCGCCUCCGACUAGGAGAGUCGAAGAACUCUUUUUAAGGCAAAAUCCACCUACGUUUGACGGAACGAGUGAACCGGCUGAAGCUGAGAUUUGGGUGCGUGCAAUGGAACGCAUUUUCAACUUUCUACGUUGUACUGAUGAGGAGCGCCUAUCUUGCGUCUCUUUCCAACUAACAGGAUCAGCUGACUUCUGGUGGGAAGCACGUCGAAAAAUUCUGACACCUGAACAAUGGGCAAGUUAUACUUGGGAAGAUUUUAAGACGGGAUUAUAUGAUAAAUAUAUUCCGAAAAGCUAUAGGAAGAAGAAAGAAGCUGAGUUCUACGAGUUGAAGCAAGGAAAUAAAUCUGUGGUUGAAUACGACAAGGAAUUCUGCAACCUGUCUAGGUUUGCUCCGCAACAAGUGGACACAGAUGAGAAGAUGGCAGAGAAAUUUUGUGCCGGUCUACGGUACGAAAUUAAGAUGGCUCUAGCAAGCCACGGAGGACUCUCAUACACGGAGUCUCUGAACAGGGCACUUGACGUUGAAGCUGCAAUGCCGUCGGACAAGUCAGCCCCAUUGUUGAUCUCAACGCCAAAUGAUCCACCAGUAGCCUCACAUACUCUCAAAGGGAAGCGCAAGUGGGACAACAACGAAGACAAUAUCAAUCAGACUAGUAAGAAAGUGUGGCAAGAAUAUGAACGGGCCGAACAGUUUAUUCAACCAAGGCACGAGGCACAGACUAACCUCGAGCGAACUGGGGGUAACCAAGGUCAGAAAGGAGUUUUACCUUGCCCAAAUUGUGGUAAGAUGCAUAGGGGUAUUUGUCGGGCUGGAACUAACGGUUGUUACAAUUGUGGCCAAAAAGGUCACUACUCCACGCAAUGCCCCAAUAGACAACGAGGUUCAGCAGUUGGGAACACCCGCACCCCCUUGCCAGCAAUACGUGGACACUUGCGAAAUCAGCCUCAAUCACAUCAGUGAAAAUCUUAUGGAGACACCGCAGACAAGAAAAGCUACGUGGGAGCUUGAAAACAAGAUGAAGGAAAAAUACCCCGAAUUGUUUUAGCAGAGAUAUGCAAAUUUCGGGACGAAAUUUUUGUUAAGAGGGGUAGUAUGUAGUAGCCCGCUCUUUUAUUUAUGAUAAAAACUAGUAAAUGCAAUUUUUUAUAAAUGAAUCCAGUUUAUGGUUCUGAUUUUUUUUAUCAGAGGCAGAGUUAUUAUUCUAGCGUUAUAUUUUUAUAACGUAUGAAAAAAAAAAAAAAAAAAAAAAAACGCGACGAGGAUUAUUGAGCAAUCAAUAAUUAUUAUUUCCAAGUUAUAACUGACUUAGCAAAGUCAUGUUAUUUAUUAAUCGAGAAACAGAAGCAGUUAUAUUUUAUUAGUGCUACUAGAAGUCGAGAAAUUAUUCCGACUGCAACGCAAAUUUAAUCUACGGAUUUAAUCUAGAUUCAUAUUACUGUAUUAGCAUCACCAAGGCAUGAGGAUAUAAUUCAUUUAUUCAUCAAUCUCAUUCUCAUACUUUACAAACUCUUAUAACCAAUUACAGUUUCACCUAUCAAUGCUAUGAAGUAGAUACAUGAAUAUGUUAGACAUAUAUGUAAGCAUACAAUCAUCAUUAUUUUUUUCCACUCCCUAAUGUCUCCUACACUAUACACGCAUAAUCUCCACUUCUCCACUCCACCAACUAUCUCCACCACCUUUUGCUUUCUUCCACUACAUUUUUUCUCACCACCCUUUCCACUCCACUAAUUCCACUACACCAAACUUUCCACCUACUCCCUUCCCCACCACACGCAAGAAUGCAUCUAACAUUCCAUUAUACAGGCAACAAUCUUUUCAUCAUCUUCAUUCUUCACUAAGGAACCGAAGAGCAGCCACGAGUUCUGCCAUAAGCACACUGCUCCGGCAGUGUUUUGCAAGGCGAUUCCAGCCAUCCAAAAGGUUCCCAAAAAUUCCCAAAUUAAUUGUGUAUCAUCUUUCAUAUGUUUUCUAUACUUUGGCAAAAUUUCAGAAGGUUUGAAGCUCUUAUGAUUUAUUUAUGAAUUUGUAAACAUCACUGCCCAUCUGGAAUACAUUUUUGGUAAACAAUCUUUGGGAGGCCAUAAGUAAAGUUUCAAUCGGUGAAAACCUUUGAAACUUGAAUAUGUCACUCUAGACUCCCGUAUCUUUCUUUUGACAUCGGCCUCACCAUUUUUGAAUAAGGGAAACAACCGGUAUAAAUUCUUGAAAUCUAGUUCUUAUUCCAUGUACCAUCCAGUAGAUUUUACAAACCUACGACUUUGAGGUGGCAAAGCCCGACUUAAAUCUUUGAUUCUCAAGCCUAGCUUUCUACUGAAUAUUCAAUGACAUGUUGGGAACUUACUUGCUUAGUUUUAGAAUUUUUGGUGAAGCCUAAAGUUGGUUUUCUGAUUUAUGUUAUGAAUCUGCCAAACUUGAACGCUUUUUGUGCACUGAACUUUAGACAGUCAUAUCUUCUAAACCAUGAAUGUUCUUAGAGUAAAUCCAACUGGAGAGUGUUAUGAUCUCUCCCUAGUUUCCAGAUUGACCCUUGGGGUUCCCAGUGGAGUUUUGUAAAGGGAGAUAUGAAUUUUUAAAGAAAGCCCACUGACUUGGUUGUAAUCUGGAAAUCUGAAAUUUUCAGAUUUUUGCUUGUUAAAUACCCAUCUUUGAGAGGGCAUAUCUUGCUCGUUUGAAUUGUUUUUCAUUCGAUUCAAAUUGGAGAAUGAUCCUUGAAAUGUCUAGUUUCCAGAAUGUAUUUUGGAGCAUCAUUUGGAGAUCCGAGGCAGAUUUGGUGUCUGUUGCAAAACAACCCCUUAAGAGCUCAAGUUGUUGAAUUAUUUUCUAUGUAUCAAAGUUUAUUUUAAAGGAUGUUUCAUGAAAGAUUUCGUAUAUGUGCGUAACAAGUUUGGGACUAUUUAUUUUAAAUGAGGUCCGUUCUUUAUUUAAAUUAUGAUGGACUUUUAAUGAAUAUUUUUGGGAUUAAACUCUUAUUUCUUGAUUUAUAUAAAUUAUUUUUUUAAGGACUUAUAAAUAUGAAUUUCGUAGGCCUACUGACCUACUGUGAUCGACGGUUUGUCGAUGUCUAAUAGCUUUGAAAAUUUUAUAGCAAGUCCUGACAUGAGUCUUGAGUACCCUGGUAAAAUUUCAAGCCAUUCCAACUUCGUUUGAUACUUCUUUAAAAUGCAAAACCUAAACUGCACAUUACUACCGAGAAUUUCAGAAAACAGAUGAAAGAGUCAUUUAUUUCAGUAGCUUCCUGUGUGAUCUAGCUUUCCAAAUUUUUAUGGUAUUCACCUUAUUGUGUUAGCUAGAUAUCCACCAAAGUUGAGCCCAGUUUGACAACGUUUACUAUUUUUAAAAAAUCCAAGUUUUCGAUUGUUCAAAACUGCCGAACAUGGUAGAUCGUGGUAAAAACGUCAUAUCUCUCAAACCACUUGGAGUUUUCGACUCUACUUUUUUUUAUAUGAAACUAGAUUCGAAGAUCUUUCUUUCAGUAUGAGUCUCGAGUCCAGGAGAUGUCGGAGUCAGAACAGAUUAAAUUUUGAAGUUGAGUCAGUGUAAAAACAGAGCAUGUUUUAAUGAUGUUUUUGGACUUCGGACUUUAAAGCGAACUAUUAUCAUUUAUUUCUUUAAAGCCACUGGUUUAUUUAAUUAAUUGGCUACUCUCUUUUGAGCCUAUUAAUUAUUUGAGGUUACGCUAGUAAUGAUGUAACGAAUUAUGGAUGCUAGAACCCUAAAACACUAAAAGAUACCCUAGGCACGUAGAAUUAGACUUUGUCUUAUGACAAUUACUUCACGAACUUAUCGACUCUUCAUCAAUGAAGGUCCGGGCGACAGAAAGUGAAGCCGAAGAAGAAACGACUCCACGCCAGCUUUAAGAACAAUUGAGGUUGAGCUGUGAUGGGCGAUGAAGUGUUGUUGCUGAGUAGAGUUUUUGUCGAACUUAAAGUAGGCUCAGAAAGGAUACAUGUCUUCAUACAUGUAUCUCAGUUAUGCAUUCCGCUGUAAACACUGAUUAUUUCAGUUACACCUUCCGUUGCAAACUCUGAUAAUGUUUUAGCCAAGCCCCUAACGAUGCCUUUUUCCUUUUUAAGGAAUAUAACGCGUAUACAAGUUCUUUGAGUACCCUUUUUAUGCGAACUAUGCCUUUUUCCUUUUUAAGGAAUAUUUCACGCGUA